AUGGAGGGCGCAAAUAGGCUUCAUAAUUCCUUUUACGCAAGCUAUGGGGAGACAGGCCACAUAAAUGCUCUUGAUAUCGCGAUUGUUUUGGUAGAAGGCCUCCUAAGGGAUACGCCUGCAGACGACCCGGCUCGAGCGGUUCACCUUAGUAACAAAUCUGUUUACUAUGGCAGUCGUUACAAAAAGCUCGGGAGCCAGGAAGAUCUAGAGAAGGCUAUAGUUGCCGCUGAACAAGCCGUUGAAACCACUGCUGAUGAUCACCCUGCCAAAGUGGGAGAUCUUAUUAACCUCGCGAGCUAUUACAAUCUAAAAUACAAUGGAUUUGGAAACGAUGAGGAUCUAGAAAAGGCUAUAUCUAUUGCAGAGCAUGCCAAUGGUUUCAAUUUUGCUGAUAGUUCGAACAAAGCGGCAUGUCUUAAUAAUCUCUCAACUUAUUAUAACUCCAGAUUUCAGAAAUUUGGAAGAAAGGAAGAUUUAGGAAAGGCAGCACUUUUCAUUGAACAGGCUACCGCUAUCGCUCUCGCUUCUGAGGACAGUCCAGAUAAAGCGGCAUGUCUCAACAACCUCUCGACUCAUUAUAGAUCCAAUUUCGAUAUGUACGGAGGACUGGAAGAUCUUGAAAAGGCUGUAACUAUAGCUGAAGAAGCCGUCGCUAUGACUCCUGAAGACGACCCGAACUUUGCUGGCCGUCUCAGCAAUCUUUCAACCCAUUACAGUUCCAGAUUUCAAAGAUUGGGAAACAAGGAAGAUCUUGAAAAGGCUGUAAAUGCAGCCGAACAGGCCGUCACCGUCGGUCUUUCAGGGGAGAGCUUGGACUCCAUAAGCUGCCUCAUUAACCUUUCAACCUGCUACAAUUCUCGAUUCGAGAGCUUCGGCGCGCAAGAGGACCUCGAAAAUGCAAUAGCUAUCGCUGAGCAUGCCGUUGCCGAGCUCGGGGAACCCGCCAGUAGCGGCCCGGGGCAAGCGACUUGUUUUAGCAACCUCUCGAAUUACUACGGCUCAAGGCAUGACACUCUCGGAGAUGAAGAAGAUUUAAAAAAAGCUAUAGUCGCCGCGGAGAAAGCUGUCGCAUGCUUUCCUGUAGGUAGUACGAGCCCUGGCAGAACCGCAUGUCUUAUCAACCUCUCGACCCAUUACAGCUCCAAUUUUGACAGGCUUGGGAGACAAGAAGACCUUGAGAAAGCCAUAAUCACUGCAGAAGAAGCCGUCACUGCUACUACCGAAGACGAUUUCAAUAGAGCUGUAUGUCUUAAUAAUCUAUCUAACAUCUUCAACUCUAGAUUUAGUAUGCUUGGAGACCAAAAAGACCUGGAGAGAGCUAUAGCUACUGCAGAGCAAGCUGUCGCCGCUACGUCUGAGGGUGACCUAGAGCUUGCUAGCCGUCUAAAUAACCUCUCGAAUCGCUAUAGCAUUAAGUUCGAGAGACUAGGAAACCUCGAGGAUUUAGAAAAAUCGGUUGCAGCAGCAGAGCGGGCAGUGGCUGCAAUCAACGACAACAAUCCACAGAGAGCGGUAUAUCUAAAUACUCUUUCAAAUCAGUACGACGCUAGAUUCGACACGGCUGGAAAUUGGGAGGAUCUAGAAGAGGCAAUAGCUGUCUCUGAGCAGGCCGUCGCCGCCACUGUAGAGAACAGCUUGUACAGAGCUGCUUGUCUUCACAAUCUUUCAAACCGUUAUAGUUCCAGAUUCGGCGGACUAGGAAAACCGGAAGAUCUAAAUACGGCGAUAGCCACCGCAGAACAAGCAGUCAACAUCACCUCGGAUGACUGCCCAGAAAAACCAGCGUACCUAACCGCUCUAUCAUGUCACUAUGGUUGUAAAUUCGAUAGAUUCGGAAAUUUGGAGGAUCUUGAAAAAGCUAUAGCGGCUGCUGAACAAGCCACGUCCAGCAUUUCCAGCGAAAAUAUCAAUACACCUGCAUGCCUUAGUACGCUUUCGGAACUGUAUAUAUUUAGGUUUGAUAUACUGGGCGAGCUAGAAGACUUGCAAAAGGCCAUAGAUUCCGCGAAAAAGGCUGUCGACGCUACUCCCGAAAGUAGCACAAAAAGACCUGCUUACCUCGGCAUACUCUCGAUGGCGUAUAAUUCUAGAUUUAACAGACUUGGAAAACAAGAAGAUUUAGAAGAAGCGAUAGCUGUUGCAGAAAGAUCAGUAUCGAUUACUUCGAAAGCUCACCCUGAAUUAGCGAGACGACUUAACGGUCUUUCACUUUGUUAUAAUUCCAGGUUCAACAGACUAGGAAGGCGAGAAGAUCUUGAAAUGGCAGUGUCUACGGCUGAGCAAGCUGUCAAAACUACAUCUACAGAAAGCUUUAGUUUUCCUAGUCACCUUAAUAACCUAUCAAUCUCUUAUAGUUCCAGGUUCGACAGACUCGGAAGGCAGGAAGAUUUGGAGAGAUCUGUAGUUGUUGCUGAACAAGCUGUGGCCGUCACACCGAAUGAUAGUCCAGAUCUUGCCGAUUACCUUAGCAAUUUAUCGAACCGCUAUAGCUCCAAAUUCGACAGUCUCAAGAACGAAAAAGAUCUUGAUAAUGCUAUAGCUGCAGCAGAACGAGCUGUUUCUUCUACUAAUAAUCCACUGAAAAAAUGCACAUACCUGAACAACUUAUCAAAUCAGUACAGUUCAAAAUUUGGUAGACUACGGGAUCUGAAGGAUUUGGAGAAGGCUAUAGCUUUAGCAGAAGAGGGAAUCGCUGCUACUCCUAAGAAUAACCCGAGCCUUGCCGGCCGUCUUAGCAACCUCUCAGAUCAUUAUACGUCCAGGUUUGACAAGCUUGGAAGACAGGAGGAUAUGGAGGAGGCUAUAACUCGACUCAAGGAGUCCUUCUCGAUAUCAUAUGUGUCGCCUUUAUCGAGAAUACAAAAAGGCAAACGACUCGCCCAAUUAUAUCACUACCAAAAAGACUAUGCCAAAGCCGCCGAUGUUGCGGCCGACGCGACUUUCCUCUUACCACGGGUCAGUCCAAGAUAUCUUCCUCGUCGCGAUCACGAAUACGUCCUCUCGCAAGCCAAUGGCCUUUCUGCUCUUGCUUGUUCGCUAGCUUUGCGUGCCGGAAAGUCAGCAGGCACAGCCUUAGAUUUGAUUGAAGUCGGUCGAGGUGUGAUAGCAGGGCUUAUAAUUGACCAUCAAAGCGAUGUCGUUACCCUUCGAGAACACGACCCCCAUCUCUAUGAGCGCUACGAAAGCUUGCGAUAUCGGCUUUCUGCCGUACCAUCCAGUGAGAGUGGUAUCUCCUCGGAAAAUACAUCAAAACGAGAUGGGGAUCGCCUUUUUCACAUAGAAAGGGAGCUUACUAACAUCGAGGAUGAAAUUCGAAGGAUACCUGAAUUCGCCAGGUUUCAACUACCACCUGACAUGGAAGAGCUGAAAGCUCUAGCUAGUGAAGGGCCUCUUGUGGCCUUCAAUAUCACCGACAUAGGCAGCGACGCGUUGAUCAUCACCAAUAAAGGAAUAAAAGCUCUCCCUUUAGAAGGGCUUGAUCACUUUAAAGCCGAGCGUAUGCUUACAACCCUAAACCAGAUGUCUAGUCAAAGCCGGGAAUCAAUGUACGAAAAUAAUAAGCGCAUGAAAGAAAUUUUGAAGUGGCUUUGGCUGGGCGCCGUGAAACCAAUCCUCGGGGAGUUGGGCUUUUUGAAACGGACUCAGACGGCAGACGGAUGCGAAACACUACCUCGCAUCUGGUGGGUCACGAAUGGAAUUAUGAGCGGUGCGCCUCUGCACGCCGCUGGAGCAUAUGAUGGCGGUUGCGAGGGCCCUGUGGAGGGCGCCAUGGAUUUCGUGAUAUCUUCAUACAUUUCGACUACCAAAGCAUUGAAGUUCGCCAGAGAUAAAAUUCAGAAGGUUCGGGUCGGAGCGGAGAGACGGGCUCUUUUGAUAAGCGCCCACGAUGAGAACCUAGAUUUCGAAGGCGAGAUUCAAGCGAUCAAAACAGUUAUCGGUCAGCAUUAUGAGGUCGCCCAACUGAGAGAAAAACCAAGAGGAGAAGUUCUUCGCCACGUCGAACGCUCUAACAUCAUACAUUUUUCUUGUCACGGGGUCUCUGUGGGUUUCGAACCCUCAUCAGAUCCACCAAAAAGUCCAUCCGAUAGCUACCUACUUCUCAGGGGCCCGCAAAAAGUCUCGGGCGAAGCACUCGAAGAAAGACUCACCGUAGAUGACCUCGCUAGAGUUAGGCACUCCAAAGCUCAGUUAGCAUAUCUAUCAGCCUGUUCCACCGCGAAAAUCUCAGCUGAGCGGCUGAGAGAUGAAAUGAUACAUAUAGCAAACGCAUUCCAGUUGGCCGGCUACCCCCAUGUCAUUGGCACACUGUGGGAGGCGGAGGAUAAGCCCGCAGGUAUUGUUUCCACAGCAUUCUAUGAGUACAUGCUGGAAGGCGGCCCCGAUAACCUAAAUUGCAGCGUAGCUAAAGCUCUGCAUCAAGCGACGAAGAAACUGACGAGGCAAGGUCGCUAUAGAAAACACUAUCUAGCGUGGGCUCCAUUCAUUCAUAUCGGUGCCUAG